AUGAAUGACAACAUGUGUAGUAAAUUCCUUUUAGUAAGGAACUUGCUUCCCGAUGAAUUCGAAAAUAAUGGAGACUAUCAAAUUAAUGAUAAAAAUUUUUUCAGUGAAUAUUAUGAUAAUAAUAAUGGACGUAAUGAUGAGCUCGAAAAAAUUAAUGGUGGAUGUUUAUAUUUGUUUAAAAAUAUGUUUGGGGAUUCUUAUUCGUUUAAAGAAUAUACAAAUAAUAAUAUCAAGGUGGUUGAAUACAUCAUAAUAUGGUUAAGUUAUAUGUUAAGCCUAAAAUCAAAUGGAAAAAUAAACAAUCUAAAAGAUUUUUAUAAUCAAUAUAUAAAGAAUGCUGAGAAGUAUACAAAUCAUAUAUCUGGUGUUGAAAGUCAUUAUCGUAGUUAUAAGGAUCUUAUAGAUAAAAAUAAUUACCUUUUAAAUAUGGAUAUGAGCAUUAUAUCUAAAUUUUAUGAAUCAUUUAUAUUAUUAUGUGAGAUGAAUACUAAACUUUAUGCAAACGUUUCAAAUUGCGAGGAAUAUUUAGGAAAAGCUCAAAAAUUUGUUAAAAAAUAUGAUGAACUUAAUGAAAAAUAUUAUGAUUUUAAUGACAAAUAUAGUAUUAUUAAAGGCAAUUCAUAUAAUCAACUAUUGUCUACAUUAUCAAAUGAUUAUAAUAAUUUAAAAAAUAGAUGUAAAUAUUAUAAAUAUAUCAAUUACCCGUCUCUCCCAACAUAUUCACGAAGAUCAAUAAUAAGGAACGCACUAAUUCCAUUUAUUUUGGUUGUAACAGCAAUUUGUUUGAGAAUUGCUUAUAAGUAUUCGUUAUUUGGAUUUCGGGAAAAAUUCCAAAAACAACAUUUAAAAAGAAAAAUAAAAAAAAUAAUAAAGAAAAUGAAUUAUUAA